AUGGCUCCCCUAACUUGCGUGGAGUUUCCUACCAACGGCGCCGGAAAAUGUCCUGUUGGGUUCGCACGUAGUGAAGCUGUUGUCUUGACCAGAGAGGUUGGUGGAUUCAAUCUCGCUUCCACAGGUAUUCCGUGCCAGGGCGCGGGAGUGAGUGCAACUGGCUUCAGUAGAUGCGUCGUAAAUCCCAACGAUCCAAGGUUCAUCAACCCAUAA